UUAUUUUUUUAGUUGUAUUUGUGCUGUUGUUCAAAAUGGUUUUUAUUUCUCUUUUUCGAAAUAAUAUGAGAAACCCAAGAAAAAACUGUUAAGGGAAGAGAAGGGUACCGUACGGUACCACCAUUGACACUGACAGAGUCGUGCACAGCAGAGCUCGAAUUCGUAAAGGAAAAAUAAAGAACACAGAACUUAAACCCUUUGUCUCUUCUUCAACAUGGGUAUCAAAAUUGAGGGGAAAAUAGAGAAGGUGAAUGGGUUAGAACUCAGUUACGAUGACUUCGUAAAGAGAUACAUGGAGAAAAAUCAGCCUGUGGUGCUCACAGGUCUCACCGACCAAUGGAGAGCUUGCACAGAUUGGGUCACUUCCAAUGGCAAACCCAAUCUCCAAUUCUUCGCUACUCAUUUCCCCAAAUCAACAGUUCAGAGAAUUCACAGAUCAGAAGAGAGUGCAAAUGUCUGUUUCAAAGUUUGUUGACCAGUGGGUUCAAGGGUCAGUACAGGAGGAGGGUAGUAAUGCUUCAACUAAGGAUGUAAGAGACAAGCCCUUGCUGUAUUUGAAGGACUGGCAUCUUGUAAAGGAGUACCCAGAAUAUACAGCAUACACAACUCCCCUGUUCUUUUGUGAUGAUUGGCUGAACUUGUAUCUCGAUAACUACCGUAUGCAUAAGGAUUCUGAUGUUUACUCAGAUAGUAACGAAAUAUGCUGCUCUGACUAUCGUUUUGUUUACAUGGGAGAGAAAGGAUCUUGGACGCCUCUUCAUGCUGAUGUUUUUAGGUCGUAUAGUUGGUCAGCAAAUGUGUGUGGGAAGAAACGUUGGCUCUUCCUGUCUCCUUCUCAAAGUCAUCUUGUAUUCGACAGAAACAUGAAAAGCAGUGUGUAUAAUAUCUUUGAUGAAGUUAGUGAAACAAAAUUUCCUGGUUUUAAGAAGGCUAUUUGGCUGGAAUGUAUACAAGAACCAAAUGAAAUUAUAUUUGUGCCUAGUGGAUGGUAUCAUCAAGUUCAUAAUCUGGAAGAUACCAUUUCCAUAAACCACAACUGGUUCAAUGGCUAUAACCUUUGUUGGGUGUGGGAUCUACUUUUAAAGGACUACAAUGAGGCAAAGGAAUACAUAGAAGACAUCAAGGAUAUAUGUGAUGACUUUGAAGGUCUCUGCCAGCGUAAUCUUGCGGCCAACACAGGCAUGAACUUCUAUGAUUUCCUUAUUUUCUUGGCACGCGUAUGCUUUGCCAAUUUGGUCCAAAUUUGCCAUCUACGUGGAGAUGGUGAACGUUCGGUCUGUAAUAUGUCCCCUGUGGCUCAGCAGUUGACUUCUAACCUUGUAUCUAUACAAAAGAUUGCACUGAAGGUGAAUUCUUUAGAAGGGCUGACAAAAACUCAUAAGUCCCAUUUCAAUUCUACCGAAACUCUUAGUAACCCUGAAUUCAUUAAACUUUGUAUGGUUUUAGAAAAAACAUAUGGGGUGAUAUACAGUCAACAAACUAGUGAUUAUCAUUCAAAGAGGUCUCUGGUUGAUGAUAUAAGAGAUUUGGAUAUCAUUAAAGGCCACACUUUUGAGGUCUCUACUCCUGAAGAUCUUGCUAAACUUAUAGACCAUUUUAUUAGAAUUCUUUAAGGUCAUCUCAGCAAGGCAAUUACUCUGCUUUCUAAACUAGUUGAACUUAGCUGUUUCAUGAUUAAAUGUUUGACUUGAAGAUAUCAUGUGCAAAGUGUUUAAAUCCACAAGAAACAACAAAUAUGAGGCUUAUGUAUACAUGUUUGGAUAUAUUUAGUGUUUGUAAUUUGUUCUCCCAGCAAUUCUAAUCUAAUGUAUCAUUGCAGUUCACUGAA